GGUCUCACAAAAUUCUCCACUCUGCUCAAUCAGUAAAAGGACCCUUUAGCACAAUCAAGCAGAUCUUAGAUUAUAAUGUUCCAAUAUGAGCAAAUCCUUGAGGCUAAAAGGCUAAGUUUCAUGUGCAAUGGCAUUCGUGUCAUGAUUGUAGAAUUGUAGGACAUAAAGUCGCCUUCAUGGCCUCCUUGUGUGAUAUAUCAGACCAAAGAAAGAAAAAAACAAAUAAUAUUUAACAUUUGUCUAUGUUCCUAUAAAAGGCUGUUUUCCUCCAACUUCUAGGCCAUGCCAUAUUGAGUUUCUAAGAAUGUGCCAAGGUCUAGAGGAAGGAAAGUUUGGUGGUCUCUGCCGGCCGCAGAUCCCCAGAGAGGCUGCUUUGCGUGAUGCCUCAACCGGUUCGAUCAUGUCUUGCGAGCUCUGCAGCGCGAGGGCAUCACUGUAUUGCCAAGCAGAUGAUGCUUUUUUAUGCAGAAACUGUGACAAAUGGGUUCAUAGGGCUAACUUCUUAGCCCUCAGACAUAUCAGGUGCUUUCUCUGCAACACAUGCCAAAACCUUACACAACGAUAUCUUCUUGGAGUUUCGGUUGAGGUGGUGCUUCCAUCAAUAAGGAGUUGGAUGGAGAGAAGCCAUUGUAAUUCGGGUAUUGAGAAAGAGUGUUCUGGGAAGCUGAAAAGGCCUGUUCUGUGGCUCUGAUUUUCACUUUUAUUUUUGUCUCAGUUCAGAACUCAACUCCAAUGUUGUCUUGUAUUCUCUAUUGGCAUAGAGGAUAUGUGUCUUUGAUGUAGUGAAUUUCAUAUAUCUUUUUAUUAUUUGCAACAAAUAUGUACAAAUCUAAGCUAAUGGUAUUUUGAAUCAGAAGGGAUAUGCAACACCCAUUAUCAUUUA